AUGACCUCCGUUGGUGCUUCGGAUCCCGCGAUGGCACCGGAAUCCUCCGGGCAAUCGUCUAACUCGCUGAAGAAUCUGAGCUCGAAGGUGGUCAAGGGUCUCGGACAUGUCCCCGCCCCAAAACCGAGGCUGUCGACCGAAAUGGCUGGUGGGAUGGGCUUCGAAGGGAGCAUGCUAGGGGAGGUUCUGGUUUCAUACUCGAUGAGCUCGUUGCCACCGGCGAAACGGCAUUCUAUAAGCGCAACCUCUGCCCACUUCGAGCAGCUGGCGGCGGAGGCGGGGAUCGAUCUUGACGCCGAUGAGAUACACAUGGAGGAUCUUCGGAUGUAUCGCAUAGAGGACGAAUCUGGGUACGCGCUUGGUGGGGGGGAGGAUGGUGACGACACGGAUGACGAUGGCAAUGACGACGACGAAAACAACCUGCUCGACAGCAACAGCCAUCAUACAAACCCCGGCGGUGACGGCAACAGAUCAGGGAACCAAAAGCUCGCGCACAAGGAGCGCAGCAUCUUGCAGAUGGUGGACGUUCUGAGCGACCGCCUCACCAGCCUGAACGCCGUUGUCAUCAACCGCUACAAUGGCUGCAAGUCCGAUCUCGACGAGGCCACCGAUUUUCGCUCGUCGCAAACCAGGGCGAUGGCCGUGAUUGCCGAGGAAGGCUGGAACAGCUCCACCCCGCGAAAGGGGACCGACAAAGCCAAGCAGCGAUCGACCAUUUUCAACCAAGGAGGAGGCAGCAACGGGGGAGAGGGGGUGGACGCCAGCGAUGCUCUAGCGGCGCCGCGAAUGACGUUCCGAAAUGCCCCACAGACCGAUGCCGGACGGAAACUUGCGCAUCAAUUCGAGCAGGAGUACGGGCUGAAACAGGCCUCAAGCGCCACGCCAAAAUUCAACAAAACAAUGACGGGAAAGCUGAAGCGGGUCGACCAUUACAAGAAGAACGAGUCCCGAAAGCACGAGCGCCUGCACUUCGAGCGCAAACUGCAGUCGAACCUCGACCAGUACGUCACUCGCGCGGUCACCGAGCUCGUUUACCGCAUUCCCGGCGGUAUCGCGGACAUCGGUGACGAAGACGACGAAGCGGAGAGGAGGGGGCGGAGGGGCGAAGGAGGAGGUCAAGACGGCACCCUUGUUCACGAAAAUGGUACAGGAGAGCCACGCGGGGAAAGCGCGCACGCCACGUCUGAUCCCCGUGCUCUUGCAGACAUCAUGGCACAAGAGCGGUUUCCCAUCCCCAUGGAGCCGAACGAGAUGAACCCGAAGCUGCUGUUGUCCUACGCCUGCGAGCGCACGGUUCUCCCCGGCGGGGCGCGCAUGUUCAAGCACUUCGCAACCUCGUUGGAGUCUCAGCACCUCUUCGUCUACAUCUUCUGGUUCAUCCACUGCAAAUUUUUUCAGGAAGACAGCCGGCGGGAACAGGCGCACCUCUUGCGAUCCGUCUCGAAUUGCUACGUAGGUGUUCUUGGGACGGACGGGAUGGAGGACUACAAGGAUUUUUUCUUCAAGCACUACCCUUUCCUCGUUGCAAACGCCGUCAUCUGGGGUUUCCACUACCUCUGCCCCGGGUCUCGGCACCUCUACUCCAACGCGUUUAAGCGGGUACUGUACCUCCAGUGCGCGAGGAUAUUGAGCGGAAUCGAGGUAACACCGUCUUGCACCACCGAGAUGAGAACCAAGCUAUUUCCCGACGAGGCCGCAGAAGCCAUGGACGAGCUAGAGUACCAUCCCCACCACGUGCACGCCCCGGGGACGCGAGCAACAACGGGGGCGAGCGUUGGCAUGGCUGCGGCCGUGGUUGCGGCAACAUCAGCUUCAGGAGGGGGAGGGUCGGGACCACCAUCAACAGCCGGGGGGGGGUCUCCGCCGUCGGAAACCGAAGGCGGAGCCGGGGCUGGCGGGGGGAAGAGAUCACCCAACGGGGGGGACAAGGAGGGCGGCCCUUCGCCGGCAUCUAAAGAAAGCGGGAGAGGCGGUGGCGGUAGUGGUCCUGGGAAAGGAAAGAAAGAAGGGGUCGCAGGAGAAGAAGGAGGAGACGGAGCAGGAGGAGGAGGCGAGGAGGGCACCAUAAUUCAGCGAAUGAACAAGACAUUCCGGCCGGACCCUUUGAUGGCGUACACUGGGGACCGGAGCACGUUGAGGUUCAAGCCGAAGAGGCAAGAGGGCUUGACAACGCUCAGGCCGCGGCAGCAACGCACCAUCUUCGACGCGGCCCAGAUAUCGCCGAUGCUGCAGGUGAACGAGGGCGAAAGACAAUUGCACACAGCCGCCCUUCUUCGCGCCGCCAACAACCGAACGUCCAAGGAAUAUCUGAGGCAGAGCAGCUCCACCGCUGGCCGACGGUCUGAGAACAUCGUCCGGACUGUGCCAGUGCCGUGGUGCCAGAGCGGGGGGUCCGACACCUACCGGCGACAUCCUUCGAGAAAAGAGCUGCACGAUGCCAUGAAUGCCGAGCAUGCCAAGGCGAAGAGAGAGUUCGCAAGGGGAAAGGCGCAGGCGGUGAAAGCGCUACGACGGACGCUUCGAAAGGUGGACGCGGACCGACAGUCGAUCUUUAAGAAAGGGCCACGGCAGGUGGGGCUGAAGAGCAUGGACAUCGUUACCGACCUGCAGCAGCAGGGAGCGUUCAAGGGAUUCAAGAGAUUGACCGGCCGCUAG